AUGUACAAUGACCGUCAAGAGGGCACUUUACGAUUUCCGGAAGUUUUAAGAGGAGACUUUGAUGAGAUUCAAUUAAGAGAAAUACCACCAACUCCAAUUGAAUCAAGUUUCGAUGUUGAAAGGAUACCGAGGAAAAGAGCAAAUUCAGCAGUUUCAGCAGUUUCCGAGCUCUCAACACUAUCAGUAACAACAGAUUCUGAGUAUCCUGUGAGGGAAGGUUCACCAUUGCGAAGUUUUUCUAAGGCUAGGGGACGGAGCCUUUCGAAUGAAUCGAGGUAUUCAAUUUUUCCCGUCGAGGCACCAAGACGCAAGUCGACUGCUUCUACGAAGACAACAAGAAUCACUAGAGAGAGGGCGACUUCUAUCGCAGCAUCAGAAUGUUCAACCACUCUCCAUGUACCCGGACACUUGGAGAUUGGAGCUUCAGGAGCCUCAAGAGCUUCGAGAUCCAGCUCUAGCCCUAGUCCACCUUCAAGGUUGCCCUCAAGGUCGAGGGGAUAUUCGAAUCCAGAAUAUAAUAGGACGAUUAGUCUUGAAGUACCAGCACAAACAGGCACAAUUUCAUCGAGACCGAGGGGAUUUUCUCAUUCUGAUUCUCUGACCUCAGCGCGAACAUCUAUUAGUCGAGAUUUUGGCGAUCACAGAAGUCUUCUCAAUAUGGGACAUCUACCACCUGCUGUUUCUGAGAAUGAUCUGAUGGCACAAUUUGAGGACUAUGUAGAUGCAAUCGACGAGGUCCCAGCGAAAAGGAUAACUCUAAGGCGAGUCGCAGCUCCAGCAAAGAAGAAGGAAAGGUGGAUGCAGUUGGUUUUUUCUUUUCAGAAUCCUUCGCGGGAAAAGCCGAACAAAUCGGAAGAGGAGACCAAAGGUCCUGAUGAAGCUGGAGCUCAUCACUGGAAAAGCCAAUCUUCCGUUUUAACAGCCCUUAUGGGUUCCGUGCUUGUCGAUCUUUGCAAUACCUCCAUGGUUUUACAUGAAAGUGCCACUCAAAACAACCUUCGGCGCCUCAAUACAACGGAUUGUCUCACGGCUUACUCAACCCUUUCAAAUCCGUCCUCAAAUUAUGGCAAUGUUUUGGUAGUAACUAAAAACCAGCCACUAUUCACCAACAAUACCAUUCUCCUCGCAUUCCAUCAUAUAACCUACUCUUCCGUCCUCAGCGGUCAUGGAUGGACUUGUGGCCCCGAAGAUCCUUUACCAGGGCAGAGUACAUGUGAUAUUCCUAAUCUAAUCCUCAAUGCCGAUAUCUGGACACUUGGGCCUUCACAAAUCCCAACCACUUCCAACUCGACAUCGCUGAAGUCUUACGAAAGAUGGGAAAUUGAUUAUUGUCUCGCCGAGACCUUGCCAGAUCAGCCCAUGUAUUAUCUAACCACAUAUAUAGAAGCAGCGUUCUUCUAG